GGGGAUCAGAGCUAGAUGAUCUCCAAAGCUCCCUUCUACCAGAAACCAUUCUAUAGCUCCUCAAAUAGUUGCUGCCCCUCCCCCAAUGCCCCAGACCCCCCUCCAGCACUCAGAACAUGGAACCCACCGCUCUGUGACAUCAGCCCCGGCACCGAGGGCACCAAGGACACCGUGGCUGCUGUGGGCAUUGCGGCUGUGGCUGUGAUGCUGCACGGAGCCCUCAGUGCUUGCUGCUCACACGAGCCUCUGGCAGCCAUGAACUGGCUCAGCCUCCUCGUCCUGAUGACCGUGGCCGGGCUGGCCCACAGCAUGGAGUACACCUGCGGAGGGUCCUGUGGGUUCCGAGCUCCUGUCUACAACCACAACACUGCUUUUGACUACGGCUUGACACGCAUCGUGGGAGGCACAGAUGCCCUGGACGCAUCCUGGCCAUGGAUCGUCAGCCUCCAGCAUCCCUGGGCACCAUACCUAGGGCAUUUCUGUGGAGGGUCUCUCAUCACUGCAGACUGGGUCCUCACAGCAGCCCACUGCUUCAAAGUGUAUAAUAACAUCAGCAUGGUGUACGUGCUGAUUGGAGCCACCCAGUUGUCUCAGCCGGGCCCUGGGGCCGUAGUGCGCAAUGUCAAGAAGGUGGUGAUACACCCGUACUACAUUUCUGCUGCCAACUACAGCUACGACAUCGCCAUCUUACAAUUGGACCAGCCUGUUCUCUGCAGCCAAUACAUCCAGCUGGCCUGUGUGGCUGACCCUGCCCUAAGGGUCUCAGAGCUCUACAACUGCUGGAUUGCUGGCUGGGGUUACACCACUGAAAAAUCUCAGCAGUCAGCUGAUCGCCUCCAGGAGGCCAAGGUCCAGCUCAUCGAUGUCCAGCUCUGCAACAGCACUGGCUGGCACACAGGGAUUGUGCAACCCCACAACUUGUGUGCUGGUUACCCAGAGGGAAACAUCGACACCUGCCGGGGUGACAGUGGUGGUCCUCUCAUGUGCCAGGACAACAACGCUGAGUACUGGUGGGUCGUUGGAAUAAGCAGCUGGGGAAGAGGCUGCGGCAGACCAAAGUGGCCUGGAGUCUUCGUCUCCACUCAGUACUUCUAUGACUGGAUCGUGUACAACAUGCAUGCACAUGCUAUUGAAAGUGCUUCUUGAGCAGCAGGACAGGCAGGAUCCAGAGCAGGCUGCAGAGUACCUCAACCAUUUCCUGCUGGGGCAAUGCCUGCUGAUCCAAAGGCAGCCUCAGGGUCAAAAACCUGCUCUGUCCUACCCACACUCCUCUCAUCUGCGCACACAGACACUGGAGUUGAUUUAGUUGUUGAAAUAAAGUUCCCUUUGUUCACAACAAAC